AUGGCUCCUUAUGAAGCUCUUUACGGUCAAAAGUGUCGCAGUCCAUUGUGUUGGGAGGAUAAGGUCAAUUCGGUAGUUUUAGGACCACAGUUCUUGCUUGACACCGCAGAAAAGGUUAAACAGAUUCAGAGCAGGAUGAAAGCGGCACAAGAUCGUCAAAAGUCCUACGCCGACCGAGCAAGAAGGCAAGUAGAGUUCGCAGUUGGGGAUAAAGUCUUGUUAAGAGUAUCGCCCACCCGGGGAGUGAUGAGGUUUGGAAGGAAGGGCAAGCUAAGCCCCCGUUUCAUAGGACCUUAUGAGAUACUUGAGAGGGUUGGGAACCUAGCUUAUCGGUUGGCACUACCUAUGGAGAUGGAGCGAGUCCAUAAUGUCUUCCACGUAUCUCAGCUUAAGAAGUAUGUCCACGACCCGACACAUGUUCUUCCACCGGAAGUGAUCCCUUUGGACGAUGAUAUGUCUUAUGAAGAAAUGUCGCUCAAGAUCUUGGAUUUUAAGACCCGGGAUACGCGUAGGAAAUCGAUGAAGAUGGUGAAGGUUUGGUGGUCACAUCACGGAGUAGAAGAAGCUACUUGGGAGUUGGAAUCGACCAUGAGGGAGCGUUACCCAGAGUUGUUCUCGACAGCUAGUUUUGUGGUUGGUGCUUUGAAGUAG